AUGUGUUCGAACCCUGCUCCUGAGCCAUAUCGAACUAUAGUUCAUGCAACUGAAUUCUUCACAAUACCUGUUUAUUUAGCAACUUGUUAUACAAUGAUUUUCAAAUGUCCUUUGUAUUUCAAAUCAUAUCGCGAUCAUUUGUUAUGUCAUAUGAUUGUCAAUAUUUUAAUUGAACUAAUAUUUUCAUCUUUAUACAUUCCAGUUCCUUAUUUACCAACAUUAAUGGUAAGAUCUGCAGGAUUUUCAAAAGACUUGAAUUUAUCAGGAUUAUUUGUUAUUGAACUAAUAAUCAUAUUUGUUUUGAUAAAUGGUGUUACUGUAAGUAGUAUGUUCAAAUUUCGAUUUGAAAGUGUUUUGAGUAUUAGCACCAAGAAGAAAACUAAAACAUAUUUGUAUUUUUUCUAUUUUUCAAAUCUGACAUUUGCCAUAAUUAUUGUUGUUUUCUUCGUAACAUUCAAUCAAUUAUAUAUUCUAAUGGAAAAACAAAAACUUCUAUUAUAUUCAACAAUCACAAAUAUUCCAAUUGAAGUUCUCUGCAAAUCAACAAUUCUAGCAUUACCACUAAAUAAUUUAUAUUGGUUAAUAUUUGUUUUAUCAAUGGUUAUUUGUAUGUCCGUUUGGUUCAAUUUCAUUUUAUAUAUCGGUGUCUCAAUAAUUCUAAUAUUUUCUGGUGCUCCAAAAGUUCUUUCCUCAAAAACUUUAAUCAUGCAAAAAUCAUUUGUCCGAAGUUUAUUUCUUCAAACUUUCACUCACAUGUUAUUUCUUGGUUUUCCAGUUGCUUGUGUAAUUGGAGAAUUGAUUUUGAAAACUGGUUGGAAUUGUGGGUUUGAUUUUCUGAUUAUAUUUAAUUAA